UUUUUGAAUUCAACUAAAAAAUUUCCCAAACUUGAACAAGGGCGAUUCUGGGUAAUACAGUAAAAUUGCUUUCUCAUUGAUGAGCAAAGGUGAGAGUGUGGCCUAAUCAUAUUGAUUAUCACCAUCACCUUCUUCACCAGUCUCGAAUCGAAACCUUUUUUAGUAGGGUUUUCCCACAACAAGUUUCUGGAGUAGAGAGAUGCCGAGGGAGAUUAUAACGCUGCAGGUUGGACAAUGUGGGAACCAGAUCGGUAUGGAGUUCUGGAAACAGCUUUGCCUUGAGCACGGCAUCAGUAAAGAUGGUAUUCUCGAGGACUUCGCUACUCAGGGAGGGGAUAGGAAAGAUGUGUUUUUUUACCAAGCGGAUGACCAGCACUAUAUACCAAGAGCUCUACUCAUUGAUUUGGAGCCUAGAGUCAUCAAUGGCAUUCAGAAUGGUGACUACCGCAACCUUUACAAUCAUGAGAAUAUCUUCCUUUCCGACCAUGGCGGUGGUGCUGGUAACAACUGGGCCAGUGGGUAUCACCAGGGGAAGGGUGUUGAAGAGGAGAUCAUGGACAUGAUUGAUCGAGAAGCUGAUGGAAGUGACAGUCUUGAGGGUUUUGUCCUUUGCCACUCUAUUGCUGGAGGAACUGGCUCAGGUAUGGGCUCUUAUCUAUUGGAGACUUUGAAUGAUCGCUAUAGCAAGAAGUUGGUUCAGACAUAUAGUGUAUUUCCAAAUCAGAUGGAAACAAGUGACGUAGUUGUCCAGCCGUACAACUCACUGUUGACGCUGAAGCGGCUUACCUUAAAUGCUGAUUGUGUUGUUGUCCUCGACAACACUGCAUUGAAUAGAAUAGCUGUGGAGCGUCUACAUCUGACAAAUCCUACCUUUGCUCAAACCAAUUCUUUGGUGUCAACUGUGAUGUCUGCUAGCACAACAACACUGCGUUAUCCAGGAUACAUGAAUAAUGACUUGGUUGGCUUGCUUGCGUCCUUGAUCCCAACACCAAGGUGUCACUUCCUCAUGACAGGAUAUACACCACUGACUGUUGAGCGCCAGGCAAAUGUCAUUCGUAAAACUACUGUUCUGGAUGUUAUGAGAAGACUUCUACAGACAAAAAAUAUCAUGGUUUCGUCUUAUGCUAGAAACAAAGAAGCUAGUCAGGCUAAGUACAUAUCAAUAUUGAAUAUAAUUCAAGGAGAAGUCGAUCCCACUCAGGUGCACGAGAGUUUGCAGAGGAUAAGAGAAAGAAAGCUUGUUAAUUUCAUUGACUGGGGACCUGCAAGCAUACAGGUUGCCCUUUCCAAGAAGUCCCCAUAUGUUCAAACUGCCCAUAGGGUCAGUGGUCUCAUGUUAGCAAGCCACACUAGUAUCAGACAUCUAUUCAGCAAAUGUUUGAGCCAAUAUGACAAAUUGAGGAAGAAGCAAGCCUUUCUUGACAAUUACCGGAAGUUUCCCAUGUUUGCUGACAAUGAUCUUUCAGAGUUUGAUGAAUCAAGGGACAUAAUUGAGAGUUUGGUAGAUGAAUAUAAGGCCUGCGAGUCUCCAGAUUACAUCAAAUGGGGAAUGGAGGACCCUGGACAGCUUAUGACUGGUGAAGGCAAUGCUUCAGGAGUUGUGGAUCCUAGGUUAGCGUUCUGAACAAGGUUUAAUUUGCAAUAGCUUUUGGUAGGAGCAGUAGUAAUGAUUAAAAACAAACGUGCUGGCACUGUAAACCUUGAAUAGUAUUAUGAUGUGGUUGAGAUGAAUGUGUUUCUUUGGGUAUUUGUCUAUGUUAAAAGAAGAAGACAUAAAAAUGGCAUCUCCUCAGGAGCAGGAAUGUAGGAAUCCUAUGCAAAGUGAAUUAACAAGUAAUGUUAAAAGUUGUGGAUCCCCCUA